AUGGGACCAAAACGUGGACAAGUACAGUUACAAGUUGAACUCGAAUCUGAUGAGCAGUUGAAGGAAUUUUUAAAUAAACCAGGUCUCGGAAUAAUUGACGUUUACUCAGAAUGGGCUGGACCGUGCGCAUCGAUGAUUCUGUUUUUAAAACGAAUAAAAGUCGAUUUAGGUGAUCAUGGCGAUAUAUUGAAUUUUGCAAUUGCCAAAAAUGAUAGCAUAAACGCAUUAGCAAGAUUCCGUGGUAAAAGUGAGCCGCAAUGGUUAUUUGUAUCACGUGGAAUGGUUGUACGAUUGUUUGUUGGAUCAAAUUUACCACGUUUAGAAGAUGCAAUAAGAGACGAAAUCAAAAAACAAAUCCAGGCUGAUGAAGGGAAUGAUACUCGUGUUUACAUUACAGUGGAAACAUUAACACCAUCUGAAAAAAUUGUAGCAGAUAUGAAAGCAGCUAGAGAAAAAAAGCAACAAGAAUUAGAAUUACAAAAAUUUUUACAGAAGCAAGAAGAUCGUCGUAUAGAAAUUGCAACUUCAAUUGCAGAAAAGAACGAAUUAAUUACAUGUAUUGUCAUUUAUCCACAAUAUGCCAAAAAAGAGAGACGAUUAAAAGCUUUACGUGAGCGUUUAGAGACUGCAAAGCCUGCAUUUAUGUUACAAGAUAAAGUGCAAAAACAAAUUACGGAUGAACAAAUAGAACAAUUCCAAAAAUUUGCUGGUUUAGAAAUAUCAAAACGUUCCAUACAAAUGUUACAAGAUGGCCGUGCCUAUAUUUGGUUAAUCAAAUGUGACGAAGAAUUUCUAUUAAGCCCAGUAGAAUAUGUAUUUGCACGUGUACUGUAUGGCGAACAAGGCGAUCCCCCUGGGGAUUGGGAAAGUCCUGCUGCUAAAUUUAUAAAAGUGUUACCUUGGCCACCUGAAGAAGAAGAAAUGGAAGCAGAGGAAGAAGAAGAAGAGCAGGAAGAAGAAGCGAUCGAGGAAUCUGCUAAGAAAGAAGAAGCUUCAGAAGAGGCAGAAGGUGAACUUGAAGAAGAAGAAAUUAAAGAGAAAAAGGCAACCUCACCAAGCCCGCCUCCAAUUGAAAAGAAAAAAAAGAAAAAGAAAGAACCUGAACCAAAAAAAGAAUCUGACAGUGAUGAAGAAGUAGAGGAGGAAAUUGAUGGCGAAGUAGUUUGCUGUAUUUGGACGCCAUUAGAACCAUACAAGUUAGCUCGUGCAACUGUUUUAUAUGAAUUCUUUUAUGAAACAAUGUUGCCAUAUAUUCCUUUAGAGCCACCGCCAAUUCCACCUCAUCUUGCUUGUAUUUACCCAGCUGAAGAAACUGAAAAGAUCAUAGAAGCUAUUGACGAAGGUAAUUUCCGAAAUGAAAUCUUAAAUUAUGGUUUCUUUGAUAAAAAUGAUCCAGUUAAUCAUCAAGUAGUUGCAAAUAGUUUCUUAGAAUAUAAAGCCAUUCAGGACCAUGAACCUGACGAAGUACUUGUAAUAUCAGUGGCACAAAAACGCAGCUUUCCAAUUAUAACAUUAGCUGAACUAAAACCUAUGUAUGUCAGUGAUAACACUGAAAUUGGCCAGGAAGAUUGUUUACAAUGGUUUCCAAAUGAUUGGGUUCAAGGUACCGAGUUUGUUGAAGAAGAAGAAGAAGAGGAACAAUCUAGUGUGACAGGAUCUCUCUUUCCAGGGUCUAUUAGAGAGGAAGGAGAAGAAGAAGAGGAAGAAGAUAAUAAUGACGACAACUUCGCAACUAAAAUGGCUGGUAAAAAGGGUAUACAAGUGCAAUUACAAACUGAAUUAAACAACGAUGAAGAUUGGUAUGAAUUUGUUCAAAAAAAAGUUAUAGACGUAUAUUCAGAUUGGUGUGGGCCAUGUACAGCAAUGGUUGGAUAUUUGAAAAAAAUUAAAUUAGAAGUUGGUGGUGAUAAUAUGCAUUUAGCUGUAGCAAAAUCUGAUUUUAUAACAUGCUUAGAACGAUUUCGUAACGAAUGUGAACCAACAUGGUUAUUUAUGUCUAAGCAAAAAAUGGUUAAUUUGUUAUUUGGCAGCAAUGUUCCGAAAUUAUUAGAAAUUAUACAAAUUGAAAUGGACAAGGAAAUUGAAGUACAAACGACUGGUAAUGAAACACGAAUUUUAAGGGAUGUUGAAGAGUUAACGCCAGAAGAACUAGAAGCCAAGGAAAAACAGGAAUUAAAACGAAUAGAAAUGGAACGUAUUGAGCAAGAAGAAGCUAUACGUGAGGCAGCUGAAAAACAUCGAAUUGUAUUUGGAAAUAUUGCUGAAAACAUGAAAAAAACAGCAUUUGUUUUAAUUUGGCCACAACUACAAGACAGUGCAUCAUGUUUGAAUGAUAUUUGGGACGCAAAUGGGCUAUCAAUUAGUCAUAUUGAUAAAUUUGAUAAAUGGAAACAAUAUGGUGAUUUUAAUGUGUCGCCUUUAGCAAUAGCAGCCUUAACUGAUGGUAAAUCUUUGGCAUGGUUACUAAAACAUGAUCCUGAUAUUGAGCUAGAAGAACCAAUUGAAGAUUUAGUUGCACGAGCAAUUUACGGCGAAUCAAAACAACCUCCAGGAGAUCCUGAAAGCAUUGCUUUUGAAAAAUUUCAACAUCAACGUCUAUUAACUCUAGAACAAAUACAAAAAAAGAAACAAGAGCGCGCUGAAGCAUUAAAAGCCCAGAAUAAAAGUCAGCAAACAGAAAAAAUUACACAAACAGAUCCAGAUACACCUAUAUCUCCCACACAAACUAAAGAAUCUACAACCGACGAUAAACUCGAUGAAAAUGAUUUAUAUGAAAUGAUACCAGGAAUAUGGGUACCUUUAACAUCAAUUGGUAAAGCAACAGUUAUGCAUACAAUAUUUCCAAAAGUAACAACGGCUUUCUUACUACCAGAACCCGAAACUCUACCUCCACAUUUGUUGGUUAUGUUUGAAGCUUUUAAAAGAAAAGAAGUAUUGGAGAUAGUUAAUGAAUAUCAAGAAUUCAUUUUACAUUAUGGUUUUUUUACAACUGUAGAUCCGUAUACAACACAAUUAGUUUGUAAGAAUAAUGAUGAAUAUGAUCAACUACCAAGUUACACUUAG